AUGUAUUGGUUAGAUAGAGGAAAUUAUCAAACCUCUUAUAAUGUUGCACCAACUUCUUAUCAACCAGUUAUUCGCAUGGAACAUGGAUCGAAACAAACAGUUGUUCACACUAUGAAAUGGGGAUUAGUUCCAUGCUGGUCAAAAUCUCUUCCUAAUUCCAUGAAGACGGCAAAUUGUCGUGAUGAUUCAUUGAUUGGUAACGGAAAAUCAAUGUUUAGUUCAAUGAAGAAUGCCAAGAGAUGCAUCGUUCUUGUACAAGGAUUCUACGAAUGGCUUACUAAAGGAAAACAAAAAAUUCCUUAUUAUUUUAAAAGAAAAGAUGGAGAAUUAUUAUUUUUUGCAGGACUUUAUGAUUCAGUUAGAUUACCAGAACUUCUUUUCACAUAUACCAUCAUAACAACUUCUCCUGCCAAGUUUAUGUCACACAUACAUAAUCGUAUGCCAGUAAUUCUGGAAAAAGAAUCAUCAGGUGAUAUUGCUAACUGGUUAAAUCCGGAUAUUAGAUGGAAUUCGGAAUUGGCUGCUUUACUUAAACCAUAUGAAAGAGAAGAUGAAUUAGAAUGUUAUCAAGUAACUCAAGAUGUUAAUAAAGUGGGAACUGAUUCACCACGUUUUGUUAAACCUGUGAAUAAUAUGGGUAAUGAUGAUAAAAAAGAAGUUAAGCAAGAACAAUUUAAUAAUAGUGAUAACGAAAUUCAUGUCAAAAAGAAGUUGUGUAUAUCAGGGGAAGUGGGUGAAGAUAAUGAAGAGGAGGAGGAAAAGAAACCUAAAAGAAAAAAGUCAACUUCAUCUAUUAAAAAAAAGAAUGCAAAAUAUAAUAAUAGAGAUGAUGAUAGAGAAGAUAAUGAAUCUUUAUCCAAGAAAAAUUGGAAUAAGAAAGAAUCAAUUGAGUGA